GUACAGUCUUAAAUACAAGAUGGGAAAUUACAGGUCGAAGCUCCGAAGCCUUGGAUUUCCUGAGGUUGUCUGCAACUCACUUAAGAACAAGCACCCGGAUGACAGGUCUGCUGCAAAGAAUAUAAAGAAAGCACGGAAAGGAGAAGUGGUGUUUCUCCCACACUAUCCUGCGGGAGACAGUAAGGAACAACAAGAGCUGGACCGAAACCAACUAAUCACUGAAUCAAAGAAGAGAGAGAGCACAGUCGUCAAGGACUUGAUGUGCAGAACUUUUGCACAUAGGAGACAUGAGGUUGUCACCCUACAGAUGAGCAUCAGUGACAUCAAGGACAGAUGGCCCGCCUUGUUUGAUGUCUCGCAAGUUAGCGCAGAGUUUCAGAGGAUCACCACACUGAAUCUUGAGCCAAAAUUCAUGGCAAUGUUGGACUUCUAUACACCUAAACUGCUGUCCUUGUUUCAAACGAAGAAAGGUGCUGCAGGAGAGAGACAUCGGGCACAAAUGAGUGUUCUACUUAAGAGUGGAAUCCCCAUUCAACAGACCCGUGAGGUUGUCAUCCGAUGUCUCAUCAAUCAUUUGGGAGAAGAUGCCAGUGCCUUGUUCAAGGACUUUGAGGAUGCUGCUGAUGGAUCUGCCAGUGUUCAAGAGGAGUUGGCAGAAGAGGUCAUGAAGAUUUACCUGCUGCGGAAACAAGAUGGGUCAUUGGAUGUUGGGAUUGUCAUUGAGGGCAACACUGUCCUCAGCAGUCUUGGAGAUGUUAGCAGGGCCUGCUGCUAUCUCUUGGGACUGAUGUACGUGUUAGAUCUGCAAUACCCCAAGAACCUCAAACAUAGUUUUGAGGUAUUCCAGAAAGUACUGCUGGAGCUGGAUUCUGGAAACCUUUCCAACAAGGUUCAGAGACUAAAGAAUUACCUCUGUAUGUAGCGACUGGCUACUG